AUGAAUUUUUCGGUAUCAGCCCCCGGGAAGGUGAUUCUUCAUGGAGAACAUUCCGUUGUGUUUGGAAAGACUGCGAUUGCGGUUAGUUUAGGAUUGAGGACAACUGCUUAUUUAAAGGAAACUUCCAAUACAUUCAUAAAUAUUAAUCUGCCAUCUGUACUAGUAAAGGAAUCAGUACAAUUACAUCAUAUAAAUACGGAAAUAUUAAGUUACAAAAGCUAUAUAGAACACCCCCAAUCAAUACCUCACGAAGAGCAUUUAAUAAAAACAGAAAUAUUCGUAAAAAACACCUUUCCGAACUUCGACAACUUCAGCGGUAAACAAAAGAAUGCAUUAAUUGCCAUUUUCUAUGUUUUCUUUGGUGUUUUUGGCGGGAAAGAAAUACGUGGUUUUGAGAUUAGCUUUGUGUCAGAUUUGACAAUUGGUGCUGGAACGGGAAGUUCAGCUUCUUUUGCAGUUUGUUUAGCGGCGGCAUUGUUGCGGUUUGCAAAAGGUUCUAAUGAAAGUAUUAUAAAUUUUGAGGAGAAGCAGCUUAUUUCUCAAUGGGCAUAUAACUGUGAAAGAAUCAUGCACGGGACGCCUUCAGGCAUAGACAACACGACAGCGACUUUCGGCUCUCUAGUAGUAUUUUGUAGGGGUCAGAAACCGAAUCUUCUUGACUUAAAACUAAAUCUUCGUAUCCUCUUGGUUGACACGCAAGUUAGUCGACAGACCCAGGUUUUAGCACAAAAAGUGCGAGGUUUGAUGGGGAGAAACCCAGAGGCAGUGGACUGUGUGAUGACCGCCAUGGAUCAUAUAGCAAAGAGUGCAUUGAAGAUUCUACAAAAUCAAUCAUCCAACUGCGAAGGAGAUGUUGAUGCCCAAUAUCAAAACUUGGCGGAGCUGUGGAACAUGAAUCAUUGUUUGCUUGCGUCCAUUGGCGUGUCACAUCCCGCUUUAGAGAGUGUUAGAACAAGUGCGGAUAAAUUCGGCCUCGCGUGUAAACUUACCGGCGCGGGGGGAGGAGGAUAUGCAAUAGUAUUAGUCCCACGUACGGCAAAUCAAAAAGUUAUUGACGAUCUAACAAAAGAAUUGGCGGAUAAAGGAUUUAAAGUUAUCGACACUGCCCUUGGAGGGCCUGGAGUCCAGUACUAUGUGUGA